GCUCUCUAACAUCAAUUACAAAAUUUUUUUUGGGGCUAUCACAAAUUGUUAAUAUUUAUAGACAAACAUGUCGAAGAAACUCUGUUUGGUUUUUCUAAUGACUUUGGUAAUUAUCUGCACUUUUAUCAACUACAAGAAUUUAGUCCUGGACCAAACCACCAAAUACCACACUUUCCGCCAAAUCCUCCAAGUCCAACUCGACUCGAGCGAAAAGCCAAAGCAAAUCUACAUCUCCCCUAUCAAAAACUACACCGGCAACAUCCCCGACUUGUACUUCACCCCCAAAGCAAAAAAACCGAAAAAACUAAACAACACUUGUGCAAAAUUCCCCGAUUUGUUCGACUUGCAAUUCCGAAAUGACCACUGGCAACUCCAGAAGACCACCAAUGGGACGUUUUUCCUCUUCAACGCGUAUUUGGACCAUCGCGAGGRCGACUUUGUGCGAAUUGUGACCAUGUAUGACCAAUACCGACCCSAAACGCGAUUUUGGUGCCAAUUUUGGUACAACAAUAGUGACAAACCAGUGAUUCGGGAGAGUGAGACUCCGUUUUGGYUGUUCUCGAGCAAAUGGGGGGCCGAUAAAGGGGGUCUGGUGCACCCGUAUUUGGUCAAGUGUCCCGUGGAAGGAUCACCSUUUGGGGUGUCCUUAGUGGAGAAUCCCUGCGAUUCCCCGACUAACGCACUGAAAAUUUUUGAUAAAAACGGGGAAAAGAAAAAUUUUGUGGUGUGUGUCAAAGGCUUGAAUUUUCCGUUUAGUGACAAGUCGUUGCGUUUGGUUGAAUGGAUCGAACUUUUGAACCUUCUAGGUGCUGAAAAAAUUAAUUUUUACGAAUUUCGGGUUCAUCCGAAUUCGAAACGAUUGUUGGACUAUUACGAAGAGUUGGGAUUGGUUGAGGUGACUCCAAUUUCGCUCCUAGACAGCUCCUCUAAUAAUCCCACGUUGCAAACUCUCUUCCUCCACAAGAAAACAAUCCCGAGGAGAUUACAAGAAGUCAUCCCUUACAACGACUGUCUCUAUAAACACCUAAACGAGUUCAAAUUUGUUGUUCUUUUGGACACGGAUGAGGUCAUCAUCCCUGCGCAGCAAACCUGGGUUGAGUUACUCCAAACGUUGCAAACCAUUGAACCUAAUAAAACCUCGUAUGUGGCCCAAAAUGUCUACUUCUUGGACAACCAUUUGCACCAACACGACUGGUUUGAGGAAAUUCCUAGACAUAUGCACAUGUUGCAACAUGUCAUACGUGCGAAGAACUACACCAAACCUGGAUAUUUUGUUAAGGCGUUUCAUGAUACGCGACAAGUUGAAGCUUUACACAACCAUUUUCCGUUUAAAUGUUUGCAUGGUUGUAAACACCAUUCGAUUAAUGUUAGUUUAGCCCAUCUUCAACAUUAUCGCGCUGAUUGUGCUGGGGGUAUCAGUGCUAGUAAUUGUGAUAAAAUGAGAGAAAAUAGUGUUAUGGACACAAGAAUUUGGAAUUUUAAAGAGGAAUUGAUAAGGAGGGUGGACAGGGUUGUUACGGAUUUAGGGUUGUUGUAACAAUUUGACUGUGAUAUCAGUUUAGUUAUUUAUUUUAUUAAUUAGCAAAAAAGUUCUCAACGAAUAUGAAAAACAUUACAUUUCUAAUUUAUUACAAACUUUUGAUUUUGAUUCAGGGGUUCCAAGGAUAUACAUACAUAAAAAUGUAGUUUUUAGUAUUAAUAUCCUCUCGGAUUCGCAAAUGUUUUGUAGAAGCAGUGUUGCCAGGUGUGGUGAUUUUCAUAAUUUGGUGAAAACUUUUGUAUAAAUUCUAAUAUCUGGUGAUUUUUUGGAAGUGAAAAAAACUAUUUUCCGAGCAUUUUCCACGUUUUAGAAACUCGAUUAUUUCGCCAAUUUUUUUCAAAAAAACCAUCACAUUGGUUAAAAAUUGUUUUGUUUGUUUUUUUUAUAAGAUUUUAAGAAAAUGACAAUUUAUUUUUGUUUUUUUUCGAAUACUUUUUCA